AUCACACUGGCGCGAGGUCCGUCAACGGUAUAAGUACAGGAUAGUAGCUUCAAUUAUCUCAUUAGUUACGUACGUUCUGUGUUGGAAGAAGCAACGAUCUUCGCUAUGUUGCGAUACGAAUUUCUGCUUCUUCUUCUAUCACUGGCGUUUACGCAGUUCUUUGUUCCUGGCGAUGCGGCGCGAAUACCACGAACGACGCCAGACGAAGCAGCUACCAACAAAUGUAACUAUGAGGCGUGCCAUGCUGUGGAUCCGAAAAAACUCAACAUUCACUUGGUUCCACAUACUCACGAUGACGUCGGUUGGUUGAAGACUGUGGAUCAGUAUUACUUUGGAAGUCGCUCUACUAUUCAAAAGGCCGGUGUGCAGUACAUUCUUGACAGUGUCAUUAAGGCGCUACUAGCUGACCCAAGCAGAAGAUUUAUUUAUGUGGAAACUGCUUACUUAUGGAAAUGGUGGCUACGACAAGAUGAAAAAGUACGCGCUGACGUCAAAAUGCUAAUCAACGAAGGGCGAUUGGAAAUAAUCGGAGGGGCAUGGAGCAUGAACGACGAAGCUUGUACUCAUUAUCAUUCAAUAGUGGAUCAAUUCACAUGGGGAUUCAGGCGACUCAAUGAUACAUUCGGAAGCUGUGCCAGACCACACAUUGGAUGGCAAAUAGAUCCUUUCGGCCACUCAAGAGAACAGGCUUCUCUGUUCGCACAGAUGGGAUUUGAUGGAAUGCUGUUUGGACGUCUUGAUUAUCAGGAUAAGAAUCAGAGAUUGGCAAAUCAAACAAUGGAAUUUAUUUGGAAGAGCAGUUCAAGUUUAGGCAAGCGAGCAAAUUUAUUCACGACUGCGAUGUACAACACUUAUAGCCCCCCACCAGGAUUUUGUUUCGACGUUUUAUGCUCCGACGAACCAAUGAUUGAUGAUCCUGAUAGCCCAGACUAUAACAUCGGCAAAAGGGUGGACGCGUUUCUGGCGUACGCGCAAAGGCAAGCACGUGCCUACAAAACUAAUCACAUUAUUCUCACCAUGGGGGAUGAUUUUCACUAUCAACAGUCUGAAAUGGUAUUCGCUAAUUUAGACAAACUAAUUAGAUACACAAAUGAACGCAAUGGUUCUUUCGUAAAUGUAAUUUACUCGACACCCUCGUGCUAUUUGAAGGCGCUGAACGAUUUGAAACUUGAAUGGCCCACCAAGAGCGAUGACUUCUUCCCCUACUCAAGUGAUCCUCACGCUUUUUGGACCGGCUAUUUCUCGUCGAGACCAACUGUGAAAUACUUUGAGCGCGAAGGAAACAACUUGUUGCAAGCAACCAAACAACUUGUUGCAGCGACAAACUUAAAGAAUUAUGACAAACCCUUGGAACUUUUCCGUGAAGCAAUGGGAGUAAUGCAGCAUCACGAUGCUGUUACCGGCACCGAAAAACAAUUAGUCGCGAACGAUUAUUCUCGUAUAUUAUAUGAGAGUAUGGACUACGCUGAAGAAAUUAUCUCGGAAGCCAUUGGGAAAUGGACGGGAAUGGCAAAUAAUACGGAGGCGUCCUUUAAGAUCUUCACAUGUUUGGAAUUAAACAUCAGUUCAUGUGCGUUUUCUGAGAAAAAUAAUAUAUUUACGGUUGUAGUAUACAAUCCUCUAAGUAGAGAGGUUACUACUCACGUUCGCAUCCCCGUUGAAGGAAAUUCUUACACUGUUCGAUCACUGACUAAUGGAAAGAAUCUAGAAGUGCAGAUAGUACCGAUUCCCGAUGAAGUUCAGAAAAUCCCAGGGAGAAAAAGCAAUGCGAAAAAUGAGCUCGUCUUCCGUGCUAACUAUAUUCCUCCGCUCAGUGUACGAGCUUAUGUAGUUAGAAAAAAAGCGCAGGAAAAUGUAGUUGAACAAUCUGAACCAACCAACUAUAUAAGCAAUGAGAUGUUUAAUAUAUCUGUUAACACUGAUGGUAACUUAAUGAUAAAGUGGAAUGAUCGAGACCUGAACGUCGUACAAUCCUUCCAUUACUACGUAGGAGCAGAGGGUAAUAAUGAGGUCUUCGUUAAUAGGUCAUCCGGCGCAUAUAUCUUUAGACCUAAAGAAGCGUCCGCCAGAAAUUUUGUAUACACUGGAAUGUAUAAAAUAUACAAGGGCCCCGUUGUGGAAGAAAUCCAUCAUAAAAUAAACGAAUGGAUUAGUCAAGUAGUGCGACUUUAUACAGGCCCCGAACAGCACAUCGAAUUCGAUUGGCUUGUUGGACCAAUACCUGUCAAAGAUAAAAUUGGCAAAGAGAUAGUUACGAGAUACUCAAGCAACCUGCAAACAGACAAAACGUUUUAUACGGAUAGCAAUGGGAGAGAGAUGUUAAAACGUGUGAUAAAUUAUCGGCCAACGUGGGACUUGAAAUUGGAGGAGCCGAUAUCUGGAAAUUAUUAUCCGGUGACCAGUAAAAUUUCACUUAAGGAUGAAAAGAAACAAUUAAAGCUGAGUGCUCUUGUCGAUCGUGCCCAAGGUGGAACCAGUUUGGCUGACGGUGUUAUUGAAUUGAUGCUUCACCGAAGACUUUUGAAAGACGACGCGUUUGGUGUAGCCGAGGCAUUGAACGAAACCGCUUUUGGCGAAGGCUUAGUAGUGAGAGGAACGCACUAUAUCUAUGGAAGUAGAAUAAACAGCGAUGAAUACGAAUUGGGAGAGAAGAACUUGGAACUUGAAUUGUCCCAUCAUCCGUGGAUCUUAGGUACUCCCGGUAACUUCAGCAGUGAUAUUGAAAAGGUUUCUGUUAUUAAGAACUACGUAUUGAGUCCAAAUGUGCACCUUCUUACCUUAGAACCAUGGAAAGAUGGCACAAUUCUAUUAAGAUUGGAACAUCUCUUUGAAGUCAAUGAAACACUGAAAAUGUCUCGACCAGUGGAAGUUAACAUUAAGGAUCUAUUCACGACGUUCUCGAUUGUAUCGAUCAAAGAGACCACAUUAGGUGGAAAUCAGCUAUUAAGCGAAAAUAAACCUCUGAAAUGGCAACCAGAGAUAAAUGAGGUUGAAAAUGAAGAAGAAAACGAAAGACAAAUCGUAGAGAUUAAUGACGAUUCAAUCUUGAUUCUCCUAAAACCGAUGGAAAUACGAACGUUUAUCCUUAAAGUAAGGCGAAAAUCUCUUUAACUUUUUAUAACAAAGACAUUUAUUUUUAACAAAAAUAACUUUUUUUAAAAAAUAAAAUUACUUAAUUGUUUUUCCUACUAUACAUAUAUGUAAUAACUAUCACAAAAUGUAAUUACAUAAUGUAGAGUUAUAAUAUAAAAUUGUGUCAAUUUUUUUUAUUCUUCUUAUUAUAAGAAGAUUGAACUGAAGUUGUUGAAAUAUAUACUGAACUGAAUAAAAAACAUUUAAUGA